AUGACCGGCAAUAUAGGAAUGGAGCAACUGAUUCCUAUCGUUAAUAAACUGCAAGAUGCCUUCACCCAACUUGGUGUUCACAUGCAGUUGGAUCUGCCGCAAAUUGCAGUGGUUGGGGGUCAAUCUGCUGGGAAUUAUGGAAUGCAGCAGUUAAUCCCUGUUGUAAACAAAUUACAAGAUGCAUUCGUGCAAAUGGGAGUGCACAUGUCCUUAGAUCUUCCACAAAUUGCAGUUGUGGGUGGUCAAUCUGCAGGAAAAAGUUCAGUACUAGAAAAUUUUGUCGGCAGGGAUUUCCUGCCUAGAGGAUCAGGAAUUGUAACUCGGAGGCCAUUAAUUCUACAGCUCAUACAUGGAAAUGCAGAAUAUGCUGAGUUCCUUCAUUGUAAGGGGAAAAAGUUUACGGACUUCAAUGAGGUACGCAGCGAGAUCGAAGCAGAGACGGAUCGUGUGACUGGAAGCAACAAAGGCAUUUCACCUGUGCCCAUAAAUUUGCGCGUCUACUCACCAAAUGUGCUCAAUCUGACCCUGAUCGACCUGCCGGGCCUGACGAAGGUGCCCAUCGGCGACCAGCCCGCCGACAUAGAGCAGCAGAUCAAGAUGAUGAUAUUCCAGUUCAUCCGCCGCGAGUCGUGCCUCAUCCUCGCCGUGACGCCGGCGAACACCGAUCUGGCGAACAGCGACGCCCUCAAGCUGGCGAAAGAGGUGGACCCUCAAGGUCUUCGCACCAUCGGCGUGAUCACCAAGCUGGACCUGAUGGACGACGGCACGGACGCCAGGGACGUGCUGGAGAACAAACUGCUGCCGCUUCGCCGCGGCUACAUCGGCGUCGUGAACCGCUCGCAGAAGGAUAUAGAUGGGCGGAAGGACAUCUCGGCCGCCCUCGCCGCCGAGAGGAAGUUCUUCCUCAGCCACCCGUCGUACCGGCACCUCGCCGACCGCCUGGGCACGCCGUACCUGCAGCGCGUGCUCAACCAGCAGCUGACGAACCACAUCAGGGACACGCUGCCCGGGCUGCGUGACAAGCUGCAGAAGCAGCUGCUCGCCCUCGAGAAGGACGUCGAGCAGUACAAGCACUUCCGCCCAGACGACCCCUCCAUCAAGACCAAGGCGAUGCUGCAAAUGAUCCAGCAGCUGCAGACGGAAUUCGAGAAGACCAUCGAGGGAUCCGGUUCGGCCCAGAUCAAUACGAACGAGCUCUCCGGUGGCGCGAAGAUCAACAGGCUCUUCCACGAGCGGUUCCCAUUCGAGAUCGUCAAGAUGGAAAUAGACGAGAAGGAGUUGCGGCGCGAGAUUGCCUUCGCUAUCCGAAACAUACACGGUAUCAGGGUCGGCCUAUUCACACCUGAUAUGGCGUUCGAGGCUAUUGUAAAGAAACAGAUCUCGCGGCUAAAGGAACCCUGCUUGAAGUGCGUUGACUUAGUCGUUCAGGAGCUUUCGAACGUUGUCCGCGUUUGCACUGAGCGGAUGUCUCGCUACCCCCGUCUGCGCGAGGAGACGGAGCGCAUCAUCAUGUCGCACGUGCGCUCCAGAGAGCAGCAGUGCAAGGACCAGCUGGUGCUCUUAGUGGACUGCGAGCUGGCCUACAUGAACACAAACCACGAGGACUUCAUCGGAUUCGCCAACGCCCAAAACCAGUCCGAGAGUGCUGUUAAGUCUGGACACCGCACACUUGGCAACCAAGUCAUCAGGAAGGGAUUCAUGUGCAUACACAACCUCGGCAUCAUGAAAGGUGGCUCUCGCGAUUAUUGGUUCGUGCUGACGUCGGAGAGCAUCUCCUGGUACAAGGACGAAGAAGAGCGCGAGAAGAAAUACAUGCUGCCCCUGGACGGGCUCAAGUUGCGCGAUCUGGAGCAGGGCUUUAUGUCUCGGAGGCAUAUGUUCGCACUCUUCAACCCGGAGGGACGGAAUGUCUAUAAGGAUUACAAGCAGCUGGAGUUAUCUUGUGAAACGCAAGAUGAUGUUGAUUCGUGGAAGGCGUCGUUCCUCAGGGCCGGUGUGUACCCGGAGAAAACAUCAGAAGCUGCUAACGGGGAAGAGGGCGAAGGAAACGAGAACUCGGACAGCGCCGGUUCCAGCAGCAUGGACCCCCAGCUGGAGAGGCAGGUGGAGACGAUCCGGAACCUGGUCGACUCGUACAUGCGCAUAGUGACGAAGACCACCCGCGAUCUAGUGCCCAAGACCAUUAUGAUGAUGAUCAUCAACAACGCCAAAGAUUUCAUCAACGGGGAGCUGCUCGCCCAUCUGUACGCAUCCGGCGAUCAGUCCCAGAUGAUGGAGGAGUCGCCGGAGGAGGCGCAGAAGCGCGAGGAGAUGCUGCGCAUGUACCACGCGUGCAAGGAGGCGCUGCGCAUCAUCGGCGACGUUUCCAUGGCGACGGUGAGCACGCCCGUGCCGCCGCCCGUGAAGAACGACUGGCUCGAGAGCCGCCUCGACUCGAACCCGCGCCUCUCGCCGCCGUCGCCCGGCGGCCCGCGCCGCGCCACGCCCGCGCAGCAAGGUUCCCUGGGCCAGCGUGGGGCUCCGCCGCCGCCCGGAGCGGGCACCGGUCGGCCUGCGCCCCCGUUGCCGUCGCGGCCGGGCGGCGCCGCCCCUCCCCCGCCGCGGCCCGCCCCGCCCCCUCGCAGGGACUCCCCGCGCCCCUCAUACCCACACGGCGCUAAGUGGCGGCCCCGGAGUGUCCCUAAC